AUGGUUUCCAAGAACUACUUCGUCUUGAUAGCUGUUGAUUUAUUCAUCAUUUCUCAAAGUAAUUUGACAGUCAACAUUGCCUACAAUAAGUCUACGACGAUGAGCAGCAUCUUUCUUAUUUAUAAUUCGAGUUUCGUCGUUGAUGGUAACUUGGGAAGUUGUUUGGAAACUGAUGGUUGUGGCCAUACCCAACCAACUGACACGAAACCUUGGUGGAUGGUCGACUUACAGGGAAAGUUUGUUGUUCAUAGCGUCAAUAUAACCAACAGAGAUUUAUUGCCAGAAAGGCUUCACAGUUUUGUCAUCGAAACUUUUUCACAAAACCCUGAAGGAUGUUCUGGGGCCGGUUCUGUCGUUUGUCUUAAUUACACCGGAGCGGGGCUGCCAACAGGCCAAACUGCGUUUACGUGCGAUCAACCAACCAGAGGCCGAUUCGUCCGCAUAAGCAAAUGGUACCAGAAGUCCUCUCAUGAUCCACUGACCUUGUGUGAAGUUCAAAUAUAUGGCACUGAAGUAAAUGGAUGCGAUAUUCCACAACAGUUCCGGCGUACACCAGGGGCGCGUCUGUUAAGUCGACACUCUAAGCUGAUAAAUCACACGUCGUUGAUGGAAUGUUCGGCGAAAUGUGGCAGGGAAACCAGCUGUUUGGCGUUCAAUGUCAACGUCAGUGGUCACCAGUGUGAACUGAUCUCUGAUGGAAGUUUUGAAAACACCAAGGAUAUCAAUCCAGGCUGGGAUUAUUAUGGCUCGGAUUUCUGCUAGUCUGGGCGACAAAAUCGUUAACUGUUUAAAAUUGUAUCUCUUCAGUAGGCACACAGUGCGGCAUGAUGUUUUAUUAAAUAGUCUAGUUGAGGUUGUCAUUUCAGGAAAUUCUUAAACAUUAUUGCAUCAAUGUAUAGUAAACUCAGUGCUUGUGUAAAGACAGUAAAUGGGCUCUCUGAAUAUUUCAAGUGUAAUGUCGGUAUACGUCAGGUUUGUACUCUUAGUCCUCAAUUGUUUUUAUAAUUUUUUAUGAAUAAACUAAAUAAAUUCUUCAAAAACACUGAUAAUCACGGAGUAUUCAUUCCAACUAAUAUGGAGAAUAUGCAUACUUUGAUAUUUGCAGACGAUGUUGCCACACUUGCUGAUACAUGCUCUCAGUUACAAACCAAUAUUAAAGAUUUUAAACAGUCUUGCAUAGCUAAUGGAAUGGAAAUUAAUCUUGAUAAGACAAAAGUUAUGGUAUUUAGAAAUGGUGGUCCUCUUCGAUAAUAUGAAAAGUGGUUUUACAUGGGAUCUCCAAUUAAUGCAGUUUCUUUUUACAAGUAUUUAGGUAUUAUGUUCACUCCUAAAUUAUCUUGGAAUAAAGUUCAGCUCUGUCUUUUUGCUCAGGCAAACAAAUCUUUGUUGACACUUUACCGAUGCCACAAGAGAGCAGGGAAUAUACCUUUUUCAGAUAGUUUUAAAUUAUUUGAUGCCAUGAUAACCCCAAUUUUAUGUUAUGAAUCAGAAAUAUGGGGUACUAGCAGAUGCAAAAUUACUGAAACUGUGUAAGUUAAAUUUUGUAAAUACCUGCUUAAGGUUGGGAAAUCAGCAACAAAUUAUAUUGUGUUGGGUGAGUGUGGUAGGGUCCAUCUUCAAUUUACUUAUAUGAGAAGAGUUAUAAAAUAUUGGUGUAAACUUAUUCAACUUCCACUUUUCAGAUUACCUUACCAGAGUUAUUUGACGUUAAAAUCUUUAGAUGAUGUUGGGUACAUUAAUUGGACUACAAAAGUGAAACAAACUUUAUUUAAUUAUUGUUUUGAUUUUGUAUGGCUAUAUUUCAUUGUUUAAACAGAGACUUUAUGACAAUUUACAGCAACAGUGGUCAGUUGAUAUAAAUAUAUCUGCCUCAUGUUAUUAUUACAAUCAGUAUAAAUCUCUUUUGAAUAUCGAACGGUAUUUGCAACUUAACUUUGCGGUACAUGUCAAAAGGGCCCUGUCGAAGUUUAGAUGCAAUAACUUUGGAUUAGAUGUAGACACUGGCACAUUUAACAAUAUAACCUAUGAACAAAGAUGGUGCCCUUUUUGUAGAAAUAAUUAUGUGGGUUUUUUUUAUUGAAGACCAACUACAUGUAUUACUCGAGUGUAAAAAUUAAACGAACUUAAGAAUAAUUUUUUUUAUUUUUAUUUGAUCAAUAAAUAUUUGCAUUUACCACCUACGAUUAUUUUUGUGAAGCUGAUGUCAUCUACAAAUGACCUACUGCUGUGCAAAUUGUCAUUGUUUUUAUAUCAGAUAUCUUUAAUAAGAAAGGUAAAUGAUGAUGUUUUGUAAGUUAACCACUUGCAUGCGACAAAAUAUAUAUGGUUGUUGUUGUUGUUGUUGUUGCUUUUUGUUGUUUUUUUUUUUGUG